AUUAAUACAAACGUGUACUACAUUUAUUUGCUAGAAAUUCCAAUGACGUGUUUCACCUUGACAGCAAGCUGCAGUUGUAUCAUGACAAGGGCUGGGAAUUGCCAGGGACAUCAAGAUCCAGAUAUUAUCAAGAUAAUAUCAGCUUCUACCGGAGGAGCCCAUCCCCCACCAGAGGGAGGUUCAGGUCCAGACCCUCAGACUCCUGUCUUGAGGAUCAACCAGCUGGAUGCCUUUGAGCUGGACUCUGCUCUGGACCAGCUGGUGUGGAACCAGUUCUCCCAGUGUUUCCAACACUUCCGCCCAGGCCUGCUCACUCCCGUGGAGCCUGAACUCAAGGCCCUGCUCCAGCUCCUUCUCUGGAGGUUCACAGUCUACCCCAACAGUGCAACGGUGGGCCAGUCUAUGAUGAACCUCCGUUACCACAACACUCUGUCACUAUCCCAGCACUACAGGGCCCUGAGCAGGAGACAGAGGCUGGGCCUGGCCCUGCUGACAGUCGGCCCCCGCUGGCUGACGGAGCGAUCCCACAGCUUGCUCCUCUCCCUGGGGUUGGGGCUGGGCGGCAGUCUCCCGGCCAAUGGAGGUCUGCGUCUGGGACUGCGUCGAGUUCUUUCUCUGAUCACCGGCCUUACCCAGGUAGCCAAUCUGAUCAACUUCCUGGUGUUCCUGAGGAAGGGGCGCCACCCAUCUCUGACAGAAAGGAUCCUGGGUAUCCGUGCGGUGUUCACUAAGCCCCAGGCGGUCCGGGAUGCAGCCUUCCAGUACAUGAAUAGAGAGCUGCUGUGGCACGGCUUCGCUGAGUUCCUCAUCUUCCUCCUCCCUCUAGUCAACAUGAGGAAGAUCAAGACAACCAUGUAUUCACUUCUCUACCCCCUAGGAGUGGGUGAGGGAGGGGAGGAGGGGGUGAGAGAGGGCUCAGCGGUUUGGAAGGAGUGUGCUCUGUGUGGGGAGUGGCCUACCAUGCCUCACAUGGUAGGUUGUGGUCAUGUGUUCUGUUACUACUGCGUCAAGAGUCACUCCAUCGCCGACGCCUACCUGACAUGUCCUAAGUGUGGCGUAGAAGUCGGGGAGGCAAAGGCUGUCAAACUGCAGAUCGAGAUUACUGACAUCCACGCUAGAUGAUAAUGUCACAUCCAGUCACGGAAACACACACAACACGUGUUUACUUGUAAAGUGAGCUUUUGGUGACACUCAAGGUCACAGUGAAUGGACUUCAAUACACAGUGUCUAUAGAAAAAAUGACAUUUACACAUGCACACACACAAACACAGACAGACAUUCAGAAAUACACACACACACACACACAAAGGGUCUCAGAGGGGCCCUUUAACUGAGCAAGGUUUCUUUGCUUAAGAUACUCUGGGUGACGAUGGAAGAUGCACUGGAAAGGUAAGAUGAUGAUGACUGAGAUUCAGUCUGUUGUAUGAACAGACAGGGCCUGUCUGCCCAUGUAUAAUGUAUGUGAGCACACACUCACUGACCAUCAUGCUCCUGUUGCCCCUCCAUUCCUACUGUUAGACUUUGGACAGACCUGUUUGUUCACACAGCUCUGAGUGACUGUUGGAGAAACACUGAGCAUAUAUUUGAUGAAGAAAUGUGUUGAUUUUUGCCCCAAAUUGGCCUUGUGCUGCUCUGUUCUGUUCAAAUGGGAAUAUUUGUUCUGAUGAAAAAUGCAAAAACAUGACUGACGGGACUAAUAAAUAAUGGAUGAUUUUCUGUUGCUCA